CAAGAGGCUCAAUAGUGUAUCGGGUAAUUAUAUCCCUCUGGAGUGCUUACAGAUUAUUACAGAUGUCCAGUUUAACAAGUUAGAGAAAGAAUCCGAUAGUUGCGUUGAGUUGCAUGUGGCGGAACUAUAAAAGACCUAUUAACAAUUGUCUGCGAGAAAUUGGAAAAAGUACCGAUCAAAGAAAUUUAGUGUUGGUGAUACGGCCAAUGAUAGAGACACGGGCUGGACUAAGAUAUCAGUAGGCAUACACUUCGUGGUUGUCACUACAAUUGACGACGUAAUCGUCAGUAGAACGAUCCAAGAGUGUUAACAGAAGAACCGCUAGAGUAUUGUAUAAAUGGCUGGUCUACUGAUGCCUCUCUGAGUUCCGGAGAUCCGUAAAGUCGUGCGGUGUGUUUCUGUGAGUUGUGAUGUAACUGUGGGUGAACCAUACGACUACCAGGACCGACUAGUUCGAGAGUCGGGGGUCUAAUGAGAAGGCGUUCAACCUAUCAACAGUCGGCGCUAAUAGAUUCCAGGCGGCGCCACGGACAAGCGCACGUGCACUUCUUGAGAUAUCAGUGACGGGUAGACAUGGAUUUGACGAGAAAUAAUAUACUACUUUUGUGACUGGAAUAGUAUAGCAGAGAAAUUGAAGAAGAAAAAAAGCAUGGAAAUAAAGUCGCCAAAAAUCGUGGCUUUGAGUUGGGGGAUGUUUUUCUUGGCGUUUAUAGCGUUGAUUUCGACUGUGUGUUGUCAAAGAGGACCGAAAGCAGAAUUGGACAUUAUAGUACCCAAUAUAGACAAAGUGGUCAACGCCAUUGACAAACGAAAUUUUUACAACAUCAUGAAGCCGAUCAGACGGACUUAUUCACCCUAUGCAAGAGUCAUUGAAUUGGAAGAAAGUAACCCGGAUGAAAUUUUAGGAAUAUUCUGUGAUACAAUCUUUCAAAAAAACGUCAAUGCUUUAGUCCAUCUAAGUGUCACGAAAAAAGCAGAGAAAUCCAAGGAUUAUGUUUUAGGAUUAGCGUCCAGUUUAGGACUUCCGGUUCUUUCCUUUGACCCCGAUUAUGUUGGUGCGCUUGAGACCAAUAAACUCCAAGCCGGUGACGUGGAAAAGAACCCCCAGAACCGCAUGGUCCUGCAGCUGGCCCCUACCCUCUAUCACCAGGCCCAGGCCAUGCUGAGGUUUAUGAUGACCUUUAACUGGACACAUUUCACGGUGGUGUCUACGACGGAUGACAACAACUUUGACUUCACCGCGGCCCUGAGGAGUCUGGUCAAACAGAACAAUGACGUCAAUAUUCUCAGCGGUCAGUUCAGAUACAAAAUUAUGAAGGAGAUCAUUUUUGAAUACGACGACACCGAAUCUUAUCCUGAUAUGACUAAAAGAGCUGUCCAGUUCCUGAAAAGAGAGACACCGAAAGACAAUAGGAUCUUCUUAUUACAUUCCAGUGAAGCAAAAACUUUGUUGGACGCUGCGGCAGAGGCGGGACUGACCACUUACAAGUAUCUAUGGAUACUGACGUCACAGAGCAUAGGAAUUCCAACCAAGCGAGCCUCUAGGUCUUUUCCAGUCGGGACAAUAGGUGUAAGUUACCUGUCGACAGACAGCGACUAUGUAGAUUCUGUGUACAAAAAAGCGGUAGAAAUAGGCGUGGCCACGUGGGUUGGAGCUCUUCAGAAGCUAAAUGGGCGUGUCCUCCAACCGGAUUUUACGUGCAAUACUUCAGUUCCAGCUUCUCAGUGGAUAGGGGGACAAGAAUUGUAUACCAUCAUGCGGAAUUUCGAGGACCUCCGCGGGACUGUUCCGGUCAGCUUCGAUCAGAACGGCCUGAGUAGGAAUGUAGAGCUGAACGUACUCAAUGUCCAGGUCGACGGGUAUAGCAACGCCUGGAGCGAGAUUGGUCGAUGGUAUGCAGAGGAGAGGACAUUGAACCCAAAGUUGGAACUAAAGGGGAUCACAUGGCCUGGGGAUAAGAAGAUUCCGCCCCGAGGUAGACCAGAGAGGAGGUUCUUCUCCAUCGCGACCCUGGAGGAGGAACCUUACGUCAUGUACACGAAGAGGAACGAGAAAGGGGCCUGUAACCCCCCGGCGGUGUCCUGCAGAAUCGUCUAUAACCGCACCCUCCAUGGUGACGACCCCACGGCCGCCAAUGGGACCGUGCAGUGGUGCUGUGCGGGGCUCAGCAUAGAUCUGCUACAGAUCCUCAGAACGAGGCUAGAGUUUGACUACGACCUGUUCGAAGUCCCUGAUCGCACCUGUGGGGUCAAGGACCAGAAUACGGGAAAAUGGAACGGUCUUAUCAAAACCCUCCAAGAGGGCGGGGCCGACAUGGCCCUGACGUCACUACAAAUUACACCCAAUCGGGCGGAAGCUGUGGAGUUCACGGUUCCGUAUCUGGAGACAGGGACGGCCAUUAUAGUGUCUCUAAGGAACGACACAAUCUCCGCAUACGCAAUCUUAGAACCCUAUGAUUACGGAGCAUGGUGCCUGAUUCUGUUCAUCAGCGUUCAUUCUGUGGGGGCGUCCAUCUUUAUCUUUGAGUGGCUGAGUCCCCGAGGGUUGGACCAAGGCAGGACACCUAUGCGAGAGCAUUCGUUUUCCCUAUUCCGCUCGUUUUGGUUAAUCUGGGCGAUGCUGUUUGGCGCCGCUGUGUCAGCUGACAAUCCACGUGGUGUAUCCGCCCGCUUCAUGGGUAACGUAUGGGCGCUGUUUGCUCUUGUGUUUCUUGCCAGCUACACAGCCAACCUAGCCGCCUUCAUGAUCACCAAAAACACGUACUAUGACUUGGAGGGGAUUACAGACUGGCGACUGAACUCGCCCCUCAAACACCAGCCCCCGUUCAAGUUUGCAACAGUGUUUAACAGCAGUACAGAGGAGAACCUCCGAGACAACCACCCCUCCAUGUACGAGUAUAUGACAGACUUCAACACCCAGAACAUCAAGGAAGCCGUAAACUUGCUGAGAAGAGGACAAAUCCAAGCGUUUAUCUAUGACGCCUCCCCACUACAGUUCCAAGUAGGCAUUGACAAGAACUGUCAGCUGAUGCUGGUAGGGAAGCCAUACGCCAUGUCGGGGUACGCUGUCGCCUUCCCUAAAGGUCAAACGGAACUGAAGGAGGAAAUGGAUGACCUAAUUCUCGAACUUCAAGAUGACGGUGAGUUGGAACGGCUACGGAAGUACUGGUUAUCGGGGCCAUGUUAUUCCAAGCAAAGAAUUGGUCAGUCCAGCCAGCGCCUGCGCGAGCUAAACUUCACCAGCGCCUUCAUCCUGCUUGCAUCCGGGAUCGUGCUUGGUGGACUGCUUCUAGUAAUGGAGCAUCUUUACUUCCGGUUUGGUAGGAAAUACCUGAAAAAAUACGAUAAGUGUGGCUGCUGUGCCCUGGUCAGUAUAAGUAUGGGAAAAUCCUUAACCUUUGAGCAAACAAUUAUGGAAGCCAUAGACUUAAAAAAGAGACACAAGUGUAAAAACCCAAUAUGUGAAACCAGUCUAUGGAAAAUUAGGCAUGAGUUGGACUUAGCGUUGUUAAAGAUAGAGAAACUGAACAAAGAAUUAAGGCGUGAAAAGAAUUUAAAUGCAUUAACUUCAAGUCGCCAUGAAGCGGAAGGUUCAUCGGAUCCAUUGCCGAUUGGAUGGAAAGACAACGAAGCGGGUGCCGGGUCGAGCGACGCCAUUGAUGCAAAGCAUGCUGAGGUAGAAAACUUGAGGCCAGAGACUAACAUGCGUAGGUCUCCUAGCUAUACUCAAGCCGUGACCUCUGACCCUACGAGUGAAAGCGAGGCUCAACUUCAAGAAUAUUCAGACCUUAGAUACAACGAUGGAAAAGUUUAUCAGAAAGUUGAUAAUGAUGAAGUUUGAAGAAAGAGGCAUUUAUGACGCAAUUUAUUCAUCACCUGACUUGGCGAAUAAGAGCCAGUACUCAAUUUUUACUCGGAACCGUCCAUAUGUGCCAAACGCCCCCGCGAAACCAUAGCUAGCUAGGUCCCUCUCAUAGACAGCAACGAUUCGGUCAGUUACUAGUAUUCCUCAGUGCAUGUCAUAGUGUAAGGAUUUCAUGAGAAUAAGUGCCUUAAAACGAGCCAUACAAAAAUUUGGAGAACACUCCACAGCAGUGGUCAGAGAGGACUGAAUGCUUACGUUUCAUGUGCUAUUACAGAUUUACUGCUGAGUCAAGAAGCUUUAACUGAGGCCGAGAAAAGAGUUUUCAUAGUUUAUGUAUGAUAGAAAUUUGUUGAAUGGGCAAAUAUUAUUCAGUUGAAAAACAUUCUAUUAUACUGGCAGUGCAAAAUUUUAUUCCGAAGAUGUAGCCAAAAAAUAUAAUUGUGCUCACGAAAACAUUCAUUGAGGCAAAUCUUUGUCUCUCUCCUUCUGGCAUUUGAACAUGUAUUUAUGAACUGCUUGUUUUCUAUCUGUUUAAUUUAUUCGAAAUUAUCGAUGCUAAGUUAGUAAUGUAACUGUUUACCAUACAUUAAUCAAAGUACUGAAGUACUGAAAGCCGGGCUCUUUUGGUGUGUCUUUAUGCAUAUUGUGUAGUAAAGACCGAAAAUCUCUCUCUCUCUCUCUCUCUCUCUCUCUCUCUCUCUCUCUCUCUCUCUCUCUCUCUCAUGUCGGCAAAGCGUCAGAGAGCGACCAAAUUUUGUAAGCGCCUAUAAACAAAAAUAUGUCUGUCUAGUAGAAAAAAGUAUUAUGUAUAUUCAAGCAUUACAUAUUCAAUCCCCAUUUCUUCAACGCGCAGCAAAGUUCAUGGAAAUUCAUGCGCAUUGUAUGUGUCCAAAAUGCAUAGUCUUGUUUUUAAAACACGUUAUUAAUAAGCAAACUAAAAAAGAUAGACAAUUCUCUCGAAAUUAAAAUAAAAGAAACGAAAUGCCAACACUAUUGACAAAACGUGGCUCUUUGUGUAACUAUUUGGUAUAGCGGAAGCUUUGACUUUGACCCUGUUUGGUUUUUUGUUUACUUUUGAAGUUGUGCUAUUUAUAGUAACAUUUGCGAUUUGCCUGCCUACAGCCAAGACUCUGCUUUCAGCAGAGCUUGGCAAAAAAUUGUGCAUACAAUACCUAUUAACUUAAUCAAUAAAUUAUUUUGUUAAUGAAGUUUGAAUUUAAUAGACAGAUUUAGUUGAUAAUAUGUUGCUAGUAUAUAUGUUUUUAAAGACAAAUUAUUCUUCCAAGAUAUGUAAAAUACAUACAAAUGUGAUCUUAACACAGUUUAUCAGAAGGCAGUUCAUUUAUGUAUAUGAGUGUCUAGACUGUUCAUUUGUGUAUAUGAAUGCCUAGACUGUUCAUUUGUCUACAUGAGUGUCUAGGCAGUUCAGAUGUCUAUAUGUUUUGAGCCAGUUUAUUUGUCUAUGUACAGGUGUCCAUGUAUCUCAGUUGCUUUACCCUUGUUUGGGGAAUUUGAUUUCUUUUAAAUUAAUGUGAAGACAGUUCAGUUGCCUAUAUAAUAUGUGUCUAUAGGCAUUGAUAUGAAAACAACCAAAUCAGUAUAUAGUACUGUACUAAUACUGAAACAGUAUUACUGUAGUUAGUAUGCCGUUGUUCUCAGUUACUGUACAGUGUGUGUUGAGCAUUAUCAGUGUCCUGUUGGCCAUGAUUAAUUGUGUACGUAUAUGUGGUAACGAUACAGAUCAAGGUGUGUAUGUAAUGUAUGAAUUCAUUUUUUAUAAUUUGAAAUGUUUAUUUUAUUUGUGCAAAGGUUUUAAAGUGGUUUGGAAAAUUAUACAGAUUUAGGUUAACACUAUUGAUGCCAAUUCUACAUUCUUAUCACUUUAUCUCUAUCUUGUCUCUACUGAGACUAUUUUGAUGUAGACAAUAUUGAUUAUGGUAUUAUAAAAUUAUAAUAUUGUAUAAAAUGCACGUAUGAAUUAAACACAUUCAUGUUCUAAUGGAGAAUCCAACACAUAAAUUAUUUUUGGUCAAUCUCUUUGUAGCUUUUUUCGCUAUAGCUGCGAAAUAAUUCAAUUGUACAUUGUGUAUUGUUUCAAAAGUGUGUACUUCACCUUACUUUUCCUGUUACUGUGUAACAUGUGUGGGCAUACUAUUGUUUGGUAUUCAUAAUGAGUAGGGAUUGUAUCAGCUAAUAAUGAACAUGUACAAUGAAGUGAAUGAAAAUGUCGAAAUAAAUAAUGCGCGAGUGAA